GGGACUGACCUGAGGGCCCCUGAAUUAUGCAUGAAAAGCCCAAGUACAGAGUGUGCUGCAAUUAUUCAUACCAUAAAUUCCAUCCCAAUCUACCCCUCCCCUUUGCUUCCUUCUUACUAAUAUUCAUUCAUUCUAUAAUAUUCCCAAUCCUUUCCUAAAAGCUCUUCAUUAAAUAUACCUCCAACCCAAUAAAGCUUCCCCGUUAAAAUCAUGCCCCUUCAUUACCCAAAAUGCUUCUUCUUCUUCGUUCUCCUCCUCCUCCUUCUUCUUAUCCAAUAUCUCUCCCUAUGACCCAGUUCCAUCUGUCUCCUCUCUUGCUCUGUUAGGGGGGAAAAUUUUUUUUUUUAACACCAUACAGAGGAAGCAGGGGAAGAAGUUGCAGGCAUGAAGAACACCAUAAGGUGUUGCAUCUCUUGCAUUCUUCCCUGCGGAGCACUGGAUGUGAUCCGCAUAGUUCACUCCAAUGGCCGCGUCGAGGAAAUCAGCGGCUCCGUCAAGGCCAGCGACGUCAUGAAGUUGUACCCCAAGCACGUCCUCAAGAAACCCUGCUCUCCGUCGUCUGCCGAUGACGGUGUCGUUCCCAAGAUCGUGAUCGUCCCUCCCGAUGCCGAGCUCCAACGAGGCAAGAUUUACUUCCUGACACCGGAGGAGAAGAGUCGGCCCAAAUCGUCGGCGCCGAAGAAUAAGAAGAAGAAGGAGCGGAGUGAGAGAACGUUGACAAACAGAGAUAGUAAUAGCGGCAACGCCGCCGUGGCCAUGGCUAAUCUGCAGAUUCUAUCCUCCGAUCGGUACUUGACGGAUAUACUAUCCGAGAAGCUCUCGACGCAGAGAGAUAGAAGAAGAGGGCGCGUCGCCGUGUGGAGACCUCACCUGGAGAGCAUUUCGGAGUCUCCAAGUGAUCUGUAAGGGGGUGGUUCUUGAUUGUUU